AUGAAACCUGAGAUCCACAGACCUGAGCUCCACAGACCUGAGAUCCACAGACCUGAGCUCCACAGACCUGAGAUCCACAGACCUGAGAUCCACAGACCUGAGAUCCACAGACCUGAGAUCCACAGACCUGAGCUCCACAGACCUGAGAUCCACAGUCCUGAGCUCCACAGUCCUGAGAUCCACAGUCCUGAGAUCCACAGACCUGAGAUCCACAGACCUGAGAUCCACAGACCUGAGCUCCACAGACCUGAGAUCCACAGACCUGAGAUCCACAGACCUGAGAUCCACAGACCUGAGCUCCACAGACCUGAGCUCCACAGACCUGAGAUCCACAGACCUGAGAUCCACAGACCUGAGAUCCACAGACCUGAGCUCCACAGACCUGAGCUCCACAGACCUGAGAUCCACAGACCUGAGCUCCACAGACCUGAGAUCCACAGACCUGAGAUCCACAGACCUGAGAUCCACAGACCUGAGAUCCACAGUGCUGAGCUCCACAGACCUGAGGUCCACAGACCUGAGCUCCACAGACCUGAGCUCCACAGACCUGAGCUCCACAGACCUGAGAUCCACAGACCUGAGAUCCACAGACCUGAGAUCCACAGACCUGAGCUCCACAGACCUGAGCUCCACAGACCUGAGCUCCACAGACCUGAGAUCCACAGACCUGAGAUCCACAGACCUGAGAUCCACAGACCUGAGAUCCACAGAUCUGAGCUCCACAGACCUGAGAUCCACAGACCUGAGAUCCACAGACCUGAGCUCCACAGACCUGAGCUCCACAGACCUGAGAUCCACAGACCUGAGCUCCACAGACCUGAGAUCCACAGACCUGAGAUCCACAGACCUGAGAUCCACAGUGCUGAGCUCCACAGACCUGAGCUCCACAGACCUGAGGUCCACAGACCUGAGCUCCACAGACCUGAGAUCCACAGACCUGAGCUCCACAGACCUGAGCUCCACAGACCUGAGCUCCACAGACCUGAGAUCCACAGACCUGAGAUCCACAGACCUGAGCUCCACAGACCUGAGCUCCACAGACCUGAGAUCCACACACUUAUCAAAAUUGAAUCUCAACUCUGCUUCUUGUCCCUUGAGCAAUUCCACUUGCACACCUGA